UCUCUCAUCACAAAAAAAUUGUUGUCCGUAACCGCAAAGAUCUAUCUAUUAAGACAAAAUUUGAAAAUUUAUUGGAAACUAGGCUCUCCAAUAUUGGGCUUCUUUAUUAAUAACGAGAGAGGCCCUCAUUACAGAUAGGGCCACGGCACCUAUUCGUCGUUUUUGUAAACCCUAUAGCUUCUGUUCCAGAUCUCAGCAAGAACACAAAUUAAAAAAUAAAAAUAAAAAACCAUGGCGACUCCUACUUCUACCUCUAGCCGCUGGUCAGAGCUCCCUGACGACAUCUUGAAAUCAGUCUUCGAACGUUUGAGGUUUGUUGAUUUCCACCGCGCUAAGAUCGUGUGUCCGAAUUGGUAUCUGUGUUCGAAACAAACUUUGCCUAGAAAAAAGACGUCUCCAUUGCUGAUUAUGUUUCCAAAGGGAGGUGAGUGUGCUCUGUACAACCCCGAGGAAGCUAGGGUUUACAAAACGAAGAGAGACUUAUCAAAGAUUCGAUUCUUGGCAAACUCUGGUAACUGGUUCUUGAUUCUUGAUUCUAAAUCCAAUCUCUAUAUCAUAGAUUUGUUUAGCGAGAAGACGAUCAAUCUUCCACCUCUAGAGUCGAUCAAAGGUGACCAAUAUAAUCUUGAGCGAGUCGGAGAUAAAGAAUUCAAGGAGGUAGGAAUCAGAGAGGUCAUUCAAAAAUCGAAAAAUUUGAGAGGUCUUUUGUGGGUAGACGAGAAGAAGGAAGAGUACGUUGUUGUUUGGUACUUCCACAUUAGUCAAAAACAUAUGAUUGAGUAUAUAGCCGUUUGCAAGAACGGUGAAGAUCAUUACCGUGAGAUACUAACACGCUUGGGGUUACAACAAGUCAUAUAUGAUAUGGUACUAUUACCUUUUGGUGACAGUCUUUACGUCUCAACGACUAAUGGUUACGUUCAUAAACUUGAUUUGUAUGGACAAGAAGGUUUAUUAGAGGAUAUAUCAUUUCUUCGGCCGCCAUAUCCUUCGAGUGAUGAUAAAACAGUACUUAGCAAUAACAUUGCUGUUACAGUAUCAGGAGAAGUUUUAUUGGUCCAGAGGAUCUUUUACCAAUUAAAAGGGCAAAACAUCUUCCGUCUCUACAAAAAGGAUCCUAUACAUAAAAGGAUGCCGCUUGUUAAGGUUGAUUCUCUAGGUGAUGAGGCCAUGCUUCUUGAUUUGGGUAUCACCGUGCCUGCUGAUCGUAACCUUGGUAUUGAACCAAACUCUAUAUAUUUCACACGUCAUGACCGUGCUUGUAAACGCGGAUGGGGAACUUUACACCUGGACAUAUGUGUGUUCAACCUUGCAACCAAGAAAAUCAAAUGUUUCCCGUGGCCAAGUCUCUCCAAAUUAAAGCUCAAGGAUGCUCGAUGGUUUCUCCCAUCUUGAUUUUGUUACAGUUUGGUGUUCUUGAGAGAUUUCCACACUUAAUUCUCUUCUGUUAUUUUAUUUUUGUAGUCAGCUUUGAAAACAUAUUACGGACCUGAAUUGAAUCGUAAUUCUUAGUUGGCAGUCUUCUUGAGAUGGUGAGCAAAACCAUCAUAAAACGCA